AUGAAGCCGGCUCUAGCGGCCGGUAUUGGUAAACAGGCCGUCAAAGCUACAGCUUUGCUCCAUUCAAAGGGCUUCUGUCAUGGUGAUCUGACUGCCGGCAAUUUAACUCUUCAGCUUUCCGAACGAUUUCAAGACUACGAGGAAGAGGAAAUUCACCGAGAUUUCGGCCGGCCGUUGACCUAUCCCAUUGAGACCUGCUCUGGGAAGCCUGCCGGGCCUAGCGCCCCAGCAUAUCUUGUCAAACCUUUGGACUCCUGCGUCGCUUCCACAAGCCUCUUGACCAGCCGCUUGUGUGCCAUUGACUUUGACCAGUGCUUUCCAAAAGACCAGCCGCCGGUAAGGAUAGGCACACCUGCCAUUUAUAUGGCGCCUGAGGUUGCAAUCGGGCAGCCACCUAGCAAGGCGUCUGGCAUCUGGGCUCUCGGCUGCGUGAUAUAUCGCAUGCGCUCUGCCGACGACAUCUUCCUCGACUACGAUACUUGCUGCCCUUCCCAGGUGCUCCAGCAGAUCGAGAGGGCUAUCGGUGAUUUGCCGGACGGCUGGACCAGUGUGGUUUUCGACGAAGAUGGAUGGCCAACAACGGCAGAUUCACCAUCUGCAGGAGUGAAUUAUUACGGUUUCCCGGGACGACCCCUGAAAGAAAUAAUGUUUUCCCUGUUGGAUGAGCCACCAUCACUAUACAUGAACAGCCACGGUGAACCAGAGAUUCCAACCGAGGACCCUGCGCCGCCGCAAAUGCUGGAUGAAGGGCCCAUGCGCGUUCCAUACGCCGCGGCCUACCGAUCGAUGAUAUGGAAGCCUACAGCUGUAUGCGUCGACGGGGAAUAUCAUACCUCCUACAGCGACGAGAUGGAAGACGCGUUUCGAGGCGCCUUUCCUUGGAUCCGCGACGAGGAGGCCUCGCUGUUGCUGGAUCUGCUCUCUCGCAUAUUCGUGUAUGAUGCAGCCAGUCGUCCCAGUUUGGAAGAAAUUGCUGCGCACCCUUGGUUUCGGUUUCAUCAUAACAAGGAAAUGGCACAUGUAGGCUGA